AUGGAGAAGCUGGCGGCGGGGCUGUCGCGGCUCCGCUGGAGCCCCGCGGCGCUGCCCCUCGAUGUGAUCGUCAGCAAGUGCCGGCUGCCCACGCUCGUGUGCCUGGGGCAGGGCGAGUACGUGGAGGGGGUGAGCGCCCAGGACGUGCUGCUGAUCCACUCGUGCCGCCAGUGGACCACGGUGACGGCGCACAGCCUGGAGGAAGGGCACUACGUCAUCGGGCCCAAGAUCGACAUCCCCCUGCAGUACCCAGGUAAGUUCAAGCUGCUGGACCAGGACCGGGACAUCCGUGAGCCUGUGCAGUAUUUCAACAGCGUGGAGGAGGUGGCCAGCAUCUUCCCAGACCGUGUCUUCGUCAUGGAGGCCAUCACCUUCAGUGUGAAGGUGGUGUCAGGGGAGUUCAGUGAGGACAGCGAGGUGUACAACUUCACACUGCACGCGGGGGACGAGCUGACGCUGAUGGGCCAAGCGGAGAUCCUCUGCGCCAAGACGGUGAAGGAGAAGUCGCGCUUCAACACCAUCCUGCGGAAGCUAGGCAAGGCGGCGCCCGCGGCCGGGGGCAAGCAGGUGAAGGGCAAGAUGCCCUGCCUGAUCUGCAUGAACCACCGCACCAACGAGAGCCUCAGCCUGCCCUUCCAGUGCAAGGGGCGCUUCAGCACCCGCAGCCCGCUGGAGCUGCGCCUCCAGGAGGGCGAGCACACCAUCCGCAGCAUCAUCGAGAAGGUGCGGCUGCCCGUCAACGUGGCCGUGCCCAGCCGCCCCGCGCGCAACCCCUAUGACCUGCACGCCAUCCGCGAGGGCCACUGCUACAAGCUGGUCAGCAUCAUCUCCAAGACGGUGGUGCUGUGCUGCAUCCUCCGCAAGGACGAGCUGGUGCCCUUCCACUUCCUGCUGCUCACCGACAUGCCCCGCUUCCAGCUGCCCGAGGGGCUGCUCUGCGGGGACCCCCAGCUGGAGAAACUGGUGCGGGACAGUGCCGCGUACUGCCACGAGCGCUUCAACCCUGAUGAGUACUCCAAAGCCGUGCGGGAGGCCAAGCCUGACUUCUCGGAGGAGUGCGCCAGCCCCCGGCGCAUCCGGCUCUGCCUGCAGGGCUAUGCCCACGAGGAGCUCAGCCAGCCCUUGCAGCGUCUCUCUCUCUGCGUCUACCGUGGGGCGCUGGCCCACGUGCCUGAGGACGUGGCCGCCCGAUGCCCGGACCCGCUGGGUGUGGGUGGGAGCACCCAGCAUGAGCACCCGGUGCUGCCUGACUUCUCCGACCCCGACAGGGAGUACAUGACGCCCGACUGGGCCGAGCCCGAGUUCCGGACUCAGGAGCAGCUGGAGAUCCCCUACGAGGAGCUUUGGAGCAACCAGAGCUUGGAGAGCUUCUUGGAGCCCAGCAGCAACCCACUGGGGCUGGGCGGCACCAACAAGGGGCGUCAGGACCUCAUCUCCUUUGGGUCUGCGUCGCCGCUGGGCUCCCCACACCGCCCCGGCGCCCCCAGGGACGACCCCCUUGGGGACACCCCACCCCCCGUGCCACCGAAAUCAGAGGCGGUGAAGGAGGAGUGCCGGUCGCUGCACGCGCCGCCCGUGCCGCCCCGGGGCGGCCGCCCGCCGGCGCCCGGCAGCCCGCCGGCGCCCCUGCGCGUCCCCCGGCUCCCGCCGGCUCGCUCGCCCGGCCCCGGCCUCUCCUACUACUCCGCCGGGCUCCACCACGACGGGUCGGGCGCGCGGAGCGGCGCCGGCGCCGGCGGCGGCUCCCCCUCGCCCGACGCCUACUCGCUCUACUGCUACCCCUGCGCCUGGGGCGACUGCAAGGCCGGGGACCCCCCCGGGCGGCCGCCGCCCCCCGCCGCCCCCGCCGCCGCCCCCUGGGCCUACGGCGAGGCGGGCGCCAGCGGGGCCGGCGGCCGCUCGACGCCGCCGCCGGGGGCCGAGCCGCCGCCGAGGCCCGGCCGCGGCCGCCCCCGCCUCCAGCCCCCCCAGCCCCAGAAACGCUUCGCCCCCUUCGGGGCGCUGAACCCCUUCGCCGAGCGGCCGGGGAGCCUGGAGCGGCCCAGGGCGCCGCCGCCUUCCUCCUCCUCCUCCUCCUCCUGCUCCUCCUCCUCCUCGCUGGAGCCCCCGGCCCGCUCGGAGGGCCCGGAGGCGGAGGGGCGCGGGGGGCCGGCGCCGCCGCGGCCGCCCAAGGGCUUCGAGGGCGACACCGUCGUCCUGCGCGGCGCGGCCCCGCUCUCGCCCGCCGUCCUGCGCGGCGCCGAGGGCGGCGUCACCCGGGUCUACCUCGCGCAGGGCGUCAUCGAGGUGCCCCCCGCCGCGGCGGGGGUCCCGCCGCCCGCCGCCCCCCGGCCCAGCGGCGACGGCUCGCCCUGGCUGCCGCCCGCCGACCUCUCGGCCCUCUCGGUGGAGGAGGUCUCCAAGUGCCUGCGCUUCAUCGGCCUCUCCGAGGACGUCGUCAGCUUCUUCGCGCGGGAGCGCAUCGACGGCAGCAUCUUCGUGCAGCUCAGCGAGGAGAUCCUGGCCGACGACUUCCGCCUCACCAAGCUCCAGGUGAAGAAGAUCAUGCAGUUCAUCAAGGGCUGGCGGCCCAAGAUCUAG